UGUGUAAAACCGCGUUGUAGUGUAGAGCAUCCACUCUACUUCAAAAGUUGCAGUCUUGCUCCAUGUGACUGACCCCCCUUUCUCUGCAUUAAAGUCUUCCUCUUUUUAGCUGCUUCACUCCCCCAUACUCCUCUCUCUCUCUAACUCUCUCACUCAUCAACUUUCUCUCUCCUCAAAAUAAAUGCCUAUCUCCACUCUCCUCUGAAAUCCAGAUCCAAUUUUUGAGCCCUUUUAAAUCCCAAAAAAGGGGCCUCACUUAGAUCUUCAAAAACCACAAACAAAAAAACAUAGAUUAGAUUUUCAAGAAGAAAAAAAUGGCUCCACUUGAUUACUCCUCCCCAAAGAAGAAGGUACUUCUCCUCUAUCUAAUCUUGCUACUCUUCUUCACUUCUUCAUUCAUUUCUUCUGCCAAUCAAAACCCACCAAAGAUUUCAAGAAUCUUGUUAGAUUUAGAAGACGAUGAUCCUGAUAAUAGUAGUAGUAAUCAGCCAAUCAUCGUCAAGAAAAAAAAACCCGCUACUUCUUCGAUUGCAACAGAGGCUUCUUCGACCAAGAACAAAACCAAACUCGUUAAGCCGGCCGCAACUCCGUCGAAAAACCAAACGAAGGUAAUCAAAUCCACAGUCAAUGGCGAACUCAAGAACCAAACUAAGCCAUCUGAUUCGUCAUCCAAAAACAAGACGAAGCCAAGCUCAUCAGACUCUGCUACAACCACCACCAUUAAAACACCACUCAAAAAACUCAAUUCCACCUCGAAGAAAACAUCUUCCAACUCCACAAACACCAAAAAAUCAUCAGAUCUACCAUCAAUUACCAAACCAGCAAAAAAGCCCCAAUUGGAAAAAAUCAUCGCCGCGGAAAAAACCCUAAAAAAAAUCGAUUUCGACGACGACGAAGACGACGACCUAGUUUCCGAAUUCAGAGGCCUCCCAUCGAAAUUCCAGGAAUCAAUCGUCCCCGAUUUGGAGAAAAUUUCGAAAACCUCGCAAAUCUACCUCAACAAGUACAACAAGGAAUUCGCCAAGGGCUUCAAACCCUACGUCGGAAACAAAUACGCCGCCACGAUCGCCUCGUUCGCCUCCUUCGCCACCGUGAUCCUGCCACUAAUCGCCGUCUCUCUCAUCUUCAGCAGAAUCAAAGCUUACUUCUCUCUCCAGAAGCUGCUGAUCUUCGUCCAGAUCUACCUCGCCAUAUACUUCACGAUCCUCUGCUUGUCGUCGCUGGCCACGGGGCUCGAGCCGCUGAGGUUUUUCUACGCUACUUCGCAGUCCACGUACGUCUGCGUGCAGGUGCUGCAAACCCUGGCCUACGUGUUGUACCUCCUGCUGCUCCUGAUGUACCUGAUCCUCGUCUUCUCGACCGAGACCGGGCCCACCACGAAGGUGUUGGGUUUGGGGCAGACGUUCGUCGGGUUUGCGGUGGGGCUGCAUUACUACAUGACGGUGUUCCAUAGGGCGGUGCUCCGGCAGCCGCCGAAGAGUAGCUGGAAGGUACAUGGGCUUUAUGCCACGUGUUUCCUUGUGAUUUGUCUGCUUGGUAGGGUUGAUCGGAGGAAGAAGGCUUACUUAGUAGAGGGAGUUGAAGAGGGAAAAAAGAGUUGAUUUCUUUUAUUUUUUAUAUUUUUAUUUUAAUUGUGAAAUGUAAUUUUUGAAAAAUGAAGCUGGGUAAAAAAAAAAAAAAAGGGCCUGCUUCUAAUUAUUUUUUUUUCUUUAAACAAAAAUUAGUAAUUUAUUAGGAAUAUUAUUAAUAAAGAAUUUUUAAUUGCCUCUUAA